AGUUCCUGCUACUGCUGAAGUGAACGCCGGAUUGUCCUCUCCCCGUGCGCUGCAGGCUGUGCUGCUUGGCGUGGUGGAGAUAGUGGGCGUAAAAGUGGGUCCAACUGCUGCUAAUAGAUAAUAAACUAAUAAACACAGAUUUGUGACAACGAAUCCAAAGGCCAAACUGACCAAUCAGUCAAACAAAAAACCACGGAACAUGGGCAAACACAGAACUGCGCAGCAAGAUGCCAUAUUCAUCGCAUUUAUGGAGAGACACCCAAUGAUAGCCAAAAACUACCUCAAGGGUGAUAAGCUGGCAGCUGAAGCCGCCUGGAAGCGGCUUUCAAAGGAGUUAAAUAGCGUGGGUCCGCCUGUCAAAGAAGUUUGUGAGUGGAAAAGAGUAUGGAAAGACUGGAAAAGCUGCAUUCGUAAAAAGAUUAACAAUAACAGGCUGGAAGAUUCAAAUGCCUGCGGCAAAGGCUCGCUGUAUCAGGAUACACUCCCUGCUCUAGAGGAUGCAGUGGCCGUGAUCUGUGACUUGUAUGAUAAGCCCGACAGAGUAGUCGAAUCUCGUCCAAAGGCACGUCCUGAAAUUUCCAACCGUUUGCAACUGCAGGACAUCAAGACCGACCACGACGAGGUCACAGCCACAGAUGACGAUGAUGAGGAAGAAGAUGACUGCUCCAGCCGGAUCAAUGACAGACAUAUGGGCGUGAAAUUGGAGCGCACUAGCACUUCGCAAACUCCAUCUGCCAAAAAGCGCAAGCUGGUUCAAAAUGAUGUAAAUGAAUUAGAAAUUGAACACGAGAGCACGGUGCCGAUGCUAAUGGACAUUGCAAAGGAGCUGCGGGACAUGAAUAGACAAACUCGCUUGAACGCCCAGCGCACAGAAGCCAAUACGGACGCGCUUUUGGCUCUAGGCACACAGAUCUCAGACCUAAUGCAGCAACAGCUCAAGGAGCGCAAGCGUCUUAAUGCUAUAAUGGAGAAAUUUGUUCUCAAAAUCGAAACAACCGACUAACUAGUUCCACUAUUUUAAUUAUGGUUUGCUAAAGAAAAUAUUAAAAGUGUCCCUCAAGACCUAAUGUUUGACCAGGAAAGAAAGAUCUGUCCACUUUUUCAAACAUUUAAGAUUAUUAUAAUUAAUGUAAACUAGGCGCAUAAUGGGGAACCAUGGGCAUUUUUGAGAGAUGUGAAACGUCGAUUGG